CGAUGACUGACUGGCUGUGAGAGCUGGUUGAGCUCAAAUGUCAAGUGGCAGGAUAACCGUGGGGGAGGUGGGGCUACUACGGCUCCGGGUCCAUGAGGGAGGGUUCAUAAUACUAAAACCACCACUCACUCCCUCUGCUCAUUCCACAUAUCAGCGACCAAUAACAAGCAGGAAGAGCAGAGCUGCCGGUGCCUGAGUGCUCGGUGAGAGGUGAGAGGUAGAGAGGUAGAAGCAGAGCAGCUGAUGAGGAGCCAGACAGAGAGAGAGUGAAAUGGUGGAGGCAGCCCGCUGACAGCUUUUCUCUUUUUUUUUUUUUUUUUUGCCUCUCUAGUGCCUUAGCAACAGCCCCUGAUAAGGCCAAACUCUAUUGGUCAAUGUGCAGCCCCAUGUGGGAAUUUGGACCAAUCACAAGGCUUUGGUGCAGAACUAAGAGGGGACAGCUUCAUGGGCCAGAAUAGCUGCUAAAUUGAGCCCCCUGGUGGCUCAGUGAAGAAGCCACAGCAGGAGAGACUGAGGAGUUUCUCCCACCAUGAACAUGUUAAUACCUUCAGUUUUUCUUCCCCUGCUCCUCUGUUUUUUGCCUCUGAUGUCGGCAACUGUUGUUCAAGAUUUUAAUCACAUAGAGAGGUGCAAGGACUCCCUGUACAUGGGGACGCCACCGCGAGGGUUCACCGACACCACGCUGAAGAGGAUCUGCCAACGUUACGCGGACAAGCCUCGCUAUGUGACCCUGUACGACCCCCAAAAGCGGAUUCCAGUUUACUCAGCUUAUACCUUCAAGAAAACAGAGGGGGACAGGCGUGUGGACUACCCUUGGAUGUAUGAGCCACAGCUGGCAGAAGUCGAUGGGAAUGGAAACAUGCAGACCUUCCCCACCGGCUACCUCCACAUGAAGUUCGAGGACAGCCAGGCAGUCCUGGAUGACUACUCUGACGUGGUCCUGUACGAGAGAGGCCACCUGAACCCAGACCAGCACCAGUCCACCCCGCACGACCGUGCCGCCACCUACACCCUGACCAACGUGGUCCCAGAGAUACGCGAGUUCAACAUCGGGCCCUGGCGCGAGUACGAGGAGCGGAUCCGGCUCCGCCUCAACAACUUCUGCCGCGGCACGGCCUACAUCGUGACCGGAGUGACCACCAGGGGCAACAUGAUCCGCCGUAACAACCAGGACCGCGUGGCCAUCCCCGAAGACAUCUGGUCCGCGUACUGCUGCACCGACUACGACCGCAACUCGCCGCACGAUGUUCGAAUCCGCUUCCCGGCCUACGGAGCCUUGGCCAAAAACUCCAAAGAGGGCAGCAGCGUGCACGAGAUGCCGGUCCAGGAGCUUGAGAUCUUUCUGAAAAGCAAUUUGGAUGUUGACCAGAAUCUUCAGCUCUUCUAUGACAACUGCAUCUCUCCUUCACCCCUCCCUGUUUACCUCCAUCAUACUAUCUGAGAGCUCUAUAGCCUACCUUAGCCUAUGUGUGCAUGUGAGUUAGUGGAUAGUAUAACAUGGAUAGUGGUAGUGGUGAAAAAAAAUAAUAAUCAAAUAGGAUAUUGUCAUAAUUCCCUGUAGUCUAAUGUUGAUUUAAAAUAUCUCUUGGAGUUAUUCUUUGGGGAAAAAAUAGGGUUGGUUGUGCUCUUUAAAACUUUUUUUGAUGUUUCCUUCCAUUAUCUCUCCUCUUACAAAAUGAAAGCGGCUUUGUUCUAAGGGGAUUAUAGCCUUGAUCUAAUGCAAAUUGGCUCAUUUAAUAAAAUAUCUUA